UAUCCGUCAUUUCCUCUUACUUUCUCAGUAUCUUCCUAUUAACACUUCUCCUGCUUUUCAUCGAUCCUUCUGGAAUCAUCAUGAUGAUUCCCAUAUUUCCCCGCCCCGCGCUUUACCUCUUACUUAUCCACCCCACUUUCCCAUUUGCUCCUUUUAUUCCGUUUACUUUGUUCCCCAAGUAAAGCCCUUUUUCGUCACUUAACAUUCCUUACUUCCUACCCAAUAUAUUCGAGUCUUCUCUCACUAUAUUUACUCCACCAUUAGAUUCUCGCAAAUCAGUCUGAGCUUUUCUACUGUUGUAAGUUGUUUUUUGUUGUCUUUGUGAAGUUGGAAAAUGGAACGUGGGAAUUACCGACGUGGUGGUGGAGGUAACCGUGGUCGUGGCCAAGGACAAGGCCGUGGACGUGGUGGGUACGAACAGGGACAAGGUCGUGGUGGUGGUGGUCCCUACGAACAGGGACGAGGUGGUGGUGGAAGGGGUGGAUCCCAGAUCGGUGGUGGAAGGGGUGGGUCGCAGAUGGGUUCAUACAACCAGCAGCCAUUUCAGCCUCCACAACAAUGGGGGAACCAGCCAAGGGCAUCGGGUCCGGCUCAGUAUCAGGGUCGUGGGGAUCCGCAAAAUCAGCCGGUCCAACGUGGUGGUGGUAAUGCUUGGGCGCGGCCACCACCGCAGCAGCAGCAGCAGCCACAGCAACAGGCUUGGGUCCGACCACCACCGCAGCAACAUGGUGGUAGUGCUUGGGUCCGGCCAUCGCCGCAGCAGCAGCGGCAGCAGCAGCAGCAGGAGGUUGGGGAAUCCAGUGGAUCAGGACCAUCAGAUGUUGGUCCGCUGAUUUCUCCUCAGUCUUCUGAUCCUCUUCAAGUUGAUCUGAAGUCCCUGAAUAUUACGGAACAACAGAGUCCAUCAUCUCCUCCAAAAAGUAACAAGGAAAAGCGUGCACCUGUUGCACGACCUGAUACUGGAAAAGUUGCUGUCAAGUCGAUUAGACUGCUUGCUAAUCAUUUUCCUGUUAGAUUUAAUCCUCAAAUGACCAUUAUGCAUUAUGAUGUGGAUAUUAAGCAAAUCACGGCUGAUGACAAUCGGCGUGUGAAGAAGUUAUACAAGUCUGAUCUACGUAUGAUAAGAGAAAAGUUGUUUGCUGAUAAUCCUGCUAAAUUUCCCAUAGACAAAACUGCAUAUGACGGUGAGAAGAACAUUUUCAGUGCUGUCCAACUUCCUACUGGGCGAUUCACUGUGGACUGCUCUGAAGGGGAUGAUGCCAGGGAACGCUCGUAUGUCUUUACCAUCAAGUAUGUUGCUGAAUUAAAACUUUGCAAGUUAAAAGAAUAUUUGAGUGGAAACCUCUCGUACAUUCCUCGUGAUAUACUACAAGGAAUGGAUUUGGUUAUGAAAGAAAAUCCUACUAGGUGCAGGAUAUCUGUAGGUCGUAGCUUCUACUCCCAUGACCCCCUGGCUGAACAUGACUUUGGUUUCGGGGUUGCUGCAUAUAGAGGUUUUCAGCAGAGCCUAAAGCCUACAUCUGGAGGACUUGCCUUGUGCUUAGAUUACUCGGUCUUGUCAUUCAGGAAACCAAUGCCAGUGCUAGACUUUCUGCGGGAUUAUAUUGGAGAAUUUAACGAAAAUAAUUUUAGGAACAAAAGUCGAGCUGCAAAUAAUGCAUUGCUUGGUUUGAAAGUCAGAGUAAUUCAUCGUCGUGCCAGUCAGAAGUUUCUUAUUAAGCAGCUAACUCAACGCAAUACUCGUGAUCUUGAUUUUACCCUGGAAGAUCCAGAAGGCAAAGAUCCUCCAAGGAAAGUUUCUCUUGUUGACUACUUCAGGGACAAAUAUCAGCGGGAGAUUAGGUACAAAGAUUUACCUUCAUUAGAUCUUGGGAAAGGUAGUAAGAUAAACUAUGUCCCGAUGGAAUUCUGUGUCUUGGUCGAGGGACAGCGGUAUCCUAAGGAGCAUUUGGAUAAGGACACAGCCUUGUUUUUGAAGAACAUAUCGCUAGCUCGACCGCUAGACAGAAGGCAGACAAUAUGUGAAAUGGUGCGGGCUGAAGAUGGGCCAUGUGGGGCUGUCACCCGUAACUUUGAAAUGGGAGUUGAUAGGAACAUGACCCGUGUUUCGGGUCGUAUCCUUCCUGCCCCUGAUUUGAAGCUAGGAGGUCAAAGUCGAGUUCCUGUGAAUGAUAAAUGCCAAUGGAACCUUGUUGGGAAAUCCGUGGUGGAAGGCAAGGCGCUUCAACGAUGGGCUGUCAUUGAUUUUAGCUCCCAAGAACGCAGCCCCAACUUUAGGCUAAGAGCUGAUGAAUUUGUCUUUAGAUUGAAGGACCGGUGCAGAAAGUUAGGGAUGAACAUGGAAGAACCUGUGAUAAAACAUUUCACUGGCAUGCAUGAACUCUCUACAGUUACUAAGGUUGAAGAUCUCCUCAAAGGUGUGGUUCAGGCAGCUGACAGGAAAACUAAGGGCCGACUUCAAAUGAUAGUUUGUGUAAUGGCAGCAAAGCAUGAUGGGUACAAAUCUCUUAAAUGGGUUUCUGAGACAAAAAUUGGCGUUGUAACCCAGUGCUGCUUGUCUUCUCUUGCCAACAAGGGACAGGAUCAAUAUCUCGCAAACCUCUGUAUCAAGAUUAAUGCCAAACUUGGAGGCAGCAAUAUGGAACUUACAGACAGACUCCCUAAUUGUGGAGGUGGAGACAAUGUCAUGUUCAUUGGUGCUGAUGUAAAUCAUCCUGCUGCAAGUAAUAAGACAUGUCCAUCUAUAGCAGCUGUUGUUGGCACUAUCAACUGGCCAGCUGCUAAUAGAUAUGCUGCUAGAGUUUGUCCUCAGGACCACAGGUGUGAGAAGAUACUGAAUUUUGGAAGCAUGUGUGCGGACCUAGUUAAUGCUUAUGCUCAACUCAACUCGGUUAAACCAAACCGAAUUGUUGUUUUCCGUGAUGGUGUGAGCGAGGGGCAGUUUGAUAUGGUACUUAAUGAAGAGCUAGUUGAUUUGGCGAAGGCUAUAUAUGACAAUCACUAUCGACCGGCAAUCACUCUUGUUGUGGCUCAGAAGAGACACCAGACACGACUAUUUCCCGAGAGUGGUCCUGCCAAUAUACCUCCGGGUACUGUUGUGGACACAAUAAUUGUUCAUCCAUCUGAUUUUGACUUCUAUCUUUGCAGCCACUUUGGGGGGUUGGGCACUAGCAAGCCAACUCACUAUCAUGUUUUGUGGGAUGAGAAUGGUUUCAAUUCUGACAGCCUACAGAAGCUUAUAUACAACAUGUGCUUCACUUUUGCGCGGUGCACAAAACCUGUUUCGCUUGUUCCACCAGUUUACUAUGCAGACCUUGUUGCCUAUAGGGGGCGGAUGUUCCAAGAGGUGCUUAUGGGGAUGCACUCUUCUGGGUCUUCAAGUUCAUUUUAUGCAACUUCGUCGUCUUCAUCUUCUUCAACUGCAUCAUUUCAACAGAGAUUUUAUAAUUUGCACCCUGAUCUGCAGAACAUAAUGUUCUUUGUUUGAUGACACACCUCAACUUUUUGAUCUCCUUCACCACUCCCACACUGGGAGGAGGAGAUGGUUGUCUACAGUUUGGAGAUGCCCAUUUCCAAACGCAUUUGAACUUCCUUUCUGACGGACAUAGCUAAGGAGUUUGUGCGUGAAUCUAAUGGGAUUUCAUGCUUCUUUUAUUGCCACCCGUCUUUUAUUUUCUUUGGUCACUUUCAGAGGUCUGGGAGUGAGUUUGUUCGUUGAUGUCUUAAUGGUUUGACGUUUGAUUUUGUGUAGUUACUGAGGUCUCUCGAGGCCACUGGAAAGUA